CUGUGUUCAGACUAACACACAUUAGCAUCCAAAAAAACACUGAAACAGCUUAAAUAUGGCAAAACCUAAAGAAAAAGAACCAUUGGACAUAGUUCACCAGAAUGCUAUUCAUGUCGAGACAAUAAUGAAGGAGUUGAGACAUCAGAAGCUUUAUACGGAGUUUAACAUCAACCCCUUCAAGAAACUGCACGUUUUGACUGACAAACCCAUGUCCAGUAUCGCCCACACAAAGGAGGAGGGGGAUCCUGCUUUCCUUCGGGCUGUACAUAAUGCCCACCUGGAGCCCACAAAGAAGUACACUCACCCUCAGACUGAAUCACAGGAGAUAGGAUGGUUAUCCAGUCCUCUGCUCGUCACAGAUCGCAGUGACAGAAGAUUAAACUUUCCACGGCAGAACUCGGAAAUCACUAAAUACAUGGAUGCUGCCUGGCGGCUGAAGGAGCAGACACAAAAUAUGAGAUAACAAUUUGAGCUUAUUUUCUUGAUGCCAUAUAACAGUAACUCGGAUAAACAAGCCCGGACUGCAUAUGUGGGCAUUCUCUGUCAUCAGCAAUAAACACUAACUGCACAAAUAUAAAUGUGUUUCAGAAAAGGUAAGGUUGGGUUUUCAGCUAAAUCUCAUAAGCUGCCUACCUAGACAGUGUUGUUUUUUCCCUCCCAUUCCAGCAAGGCAAGUCAUUGGAUUUUAAGACACUGCCUGAGCGUUUAGCAUUUCAGUGGUGUAUCUGGAGAUAUGUAAAAGUGGGUCAAAUGGCCACAAUUCAUCACUAUGAAUGUAACUGCUCCUGUCUAGCUGAAUCUCUGCAUAAUAAGCAAAAGAGAUUAGUUCAUAACCAAUUGAUCUCAGAUAAUGUCAUAUUAUACAGAAAUGGGAUUCACACAGCUUGUUUUGCAAAUGUGCCUUUUUUCCUCUAGAAAUAUCCAUAAUUGUGGCUAUAAUUCACUGGCUGUUUAUUGGAACAUAUUACACAUACUGUAUCGGCCUCUCAGGUCAAGAUUUAUUACAGUA